AUGAAUGAGAAAUUCCGAGAACUGGAAGAAUAUUUUAAGCAACCAAUUAAUAACUCAUUUACCAAGCCCAAGCAAGAGAGAGUCUUGAUUACAAGCCAAGGUUCUGUCGGAGAUUUUUCCAUGUUUGAUAAAGAAAUUUGGGAACCAAAAUUUAACGACAAUAGUAAAGGAAAGCACUUAUUCAGGACGAGGAAACCGGUUGAUGUAACAUGUAGAGUCUUCUUUUCACUCGUAAAACCACAAGGCGCUCCAAAUGGAACAAGAUUUAUAUUACUUUACUCACCACCAUUGUAUGCCAUAUUAGAUCAAGCCAAUGAAGAGUUAGAGAUGAUCCCUAAAGAUGCGCAGUUCUAUUUUGAAGGAAGAUACAUAAUUGUUUCAUUUAAUAACGUUGAACGUAUAUACUCUAUCAAAUCAGAUGCGAAAAAGUUAUACGAUCUUACAAAGAACAAUAACUCAGAUGAAGUCCUUCAGUUUUUCCUUUGUUGCCAGUUAAAUCGGUACUUGGUUCCUCCAAUUUUCCUUACUAACCCAUUUUACAACAAAGUCGUCAACAACGAACGUUUCUUCUUCCUCGCAUCAAAAUAUCCAUACGAAUACUACAAUGAUGAAACUCUUGAUAAUUAUAUUCGUGCUUCUGAACCAUUCAUCGAUACAUUACUUGAACUCCUUCUCGAUGAGUUUAUCAAACCAUUAGAAUACGAAAUUUCUCAAUUUCCAAAAGGUUCUUUCUUAUAUCAUCUUCUGUUAAUGAUGAUUGAUGAAGAUGAGAACAUAACAAUCUUCAAGACGGCGUGCGAGAAAUCCCGCAAGCCACAGGAAGCUUUUGUCCUUGGUUAUGAAAUUAUGCCAUUAAAUGAUCGAAGCAAAAUGGUUCUCCACCUUGUAUAUAGCGUUUGUGAGAAAUACUUCCCGGGUAGCACACUCGGCAUCAAAUUGAUUAACUCAAUUAUGCUGAAUGUUAUUGCCAAUCACCUCAACUUAAAGAAACUCGGAUUUAAGGCUGAUUUAAUAUUACAACUCGAAAACUUACAACAAGGUACUUUAACUCCAAGCCUUUAUAAGAGAUAUACAAUAAUCGCAAAUGAAUUUAAGAGUCAGCCGGCCAAUUUCAUACUCAAUAGGAAGGGAACAUUCUCUUAUGAUAGCUUUAUCAUUAUGGUUAAUUUUACUUGGAUGCAUAUUACUGAUUUCAUUAAAAUUUGUGAAGCAAACAAAGUGUAUUGA